UUGAUCAAAAGACACAUGAAAGAUGUCUUGACACUGAAAAGAACACAUUUUCAUCAACUUACAACAUGAUGUCAACGAUCAGUUUGGUGCAUUUGGUUAUUUAUGAGUUAGUCCUUCUGUCUGUCUAUGUUUCAAGCCUGGAUAAAGGUUAUUUUUGGCAGAUAACAGACAUCCACUUUGACCCUGAGUACAGUGUCGAUGGAAGUCCAGGCAACCUUUGCCACAAAAACAGGUUUAACCCUUUUAGAAAGCACGAUGCGGAUUCCCCUGGCAUGUUUGGCGAUCCCAGAUGUGACACACCCUGGGCAUUGGUUCAGUCCGCAAUCGCAGCUAUGAAAACCAUCAAAGCUAAUCCAGAUUUUGUGUUGUGGACGGGGGACACAGGACCUCACAGUGAUGCCAGCCAAAAAGAACUGAAUUCCCUUAUCAAGGAGACCACAGACUUGUUGAACAAGACGUUCAACGGGAGCUAUAUCAUUCCGGUCCUCGGUAACCAUGACGUCCUGCCCUCAAAUCAGAUGCCUGCAAAAAAUUCGAAAUAUUACCAGGGGACUUUGACAGACUGGGGUUGGGAGAACCUGCUGCCAGCGGACGCACAGAAGACAUUUGUCACGGGUGGUUAUUACAGUCAGAUGAUCACGCCAGAGUUCACCCUUGUUGUCCUCAACACCAAUCUCAACUUCAUGUAUGACAAACUCACUGAGAAUAUGAUUGAUCCGGCCGGCAUGUUUGAUUGGCUGAGAGCUCUCCUGGAAAAACAACGGAGUGAUAAUCGCAAGGUUAUGAUCAUAUCGCAUGUACCCCCAGGGGCCUAUGAGAGAGAAGCCAACAGUUUCCAUCUUUACCCACGCUACAACCGGGAGUAUCUCGACGUGAUCGAGGCGUACUCUGCCGUGAUUGGCUCGCAAAUAUUCGCCCACGAACACAAGGAUACCUUCAGGUUGUUCUUGGAUAAGAAAGGCAAACCAAUCAAUGUGGGUUUACUUGCACCAUCUGUCAAUCCGUGGAAAAACACGUUCAUAGCGCCAGACCCGCCUAACAAUCCUGGGGUGCGGCUAGUGACUUACGACAGAGAUACAGGCAACAUCCUCGACAUUGAACAGUACUACGUGGACCUGAAGGCUGCAAACAAGGCUAGGAAGGCAGAGUGGAAACAGGAGUACCAGUUCACCAAGGCCAUGGGCGUACCGGACCUCAAACCUGCAUCGAUUCAGACCCUUCUUAAAAACUUCACGACGUCCGGAAGUAAACUGUUUGAUACUUUUUACUCCUGGAAUGAUGUUUCGUAUAGCGGUGGGAGUUGUAAUGCGACUUGUAAGAAGGUCUAUCUUUGUACUGUUCAGCACCUCGAUAUUGCAAGUUACAAUGCUUGUGUGGCAGCCAAUGCGUCCACACCACACCAUCCAUCCCAUUAUGUUGAAAUAGUGACUCGGCAGCCAAGAACUGCAUCGCCCAUUUAUACAACUCUUUCAAAAAUUUUACCAACAACGCUUCCCGAUGAGGUGGUGAGUGGGAACAAUUCUCAUCGACGUCCUCAUCAUCAUCCCACACAUCGACCCCCACACCAUGACCCCAUCCCGAAAUAUAUCAAGUACAUCAUGUUUGGUAUGGGUGUGGUUGUGUUUGUCCUGUUCAUUGUGAUAAUGGUCUUGUGUUGCCAGCGACGUAGGUUGUAUCCACAGACAAGGUACAUGCGCGUGCCAUCCGUCACCAUCCAGUAACAAUCAAACUGGGGCCUAACCAGCAGGUAUUGAUGAUGUACAGUGGAACCUCCCUUAGGGGACACCUCUGUUAAUAGGACACCCUUUUUAUUAGGGACAGUGCUUUUGCUUCCAAAUUGAUCAUUUCUACUUAGUUCGAUCUCUUUAAAUGAGACAUCUGUCUAUUAAGGACAGCAUUUGUCAGUCACGGAGGUGUCCUUGAAAGAGAGGUUCAUCUGUAUUUGUAAAUAGUUCUACUGUAAACCUGCUGAGUUUAUCGUCUUUCAGCCUGAUAGUCAGGACAUUGUAAUGAAAGUUUAUUCAAUUGAGUUCUGGAUAACAUCUGUGUCCCGGAAAAGUCCGCUGAGCAUGGUUAUCUAUCAAAGCAGAACUCUCGCUGGUCAUAUACUUCCCAUUCCGCAGUAUUCUAGAUUAAGCUUGUUUCAGAUUUACAUUUGUUGUAAACUUUGUUUGUCGUAGAAAUGUGUAAUAAUUUCUCAAAUGGUGCUUGACUAAGUGAUCAAAUUAUUAAAAUAAUGAAAUUAGCUUUUAUAUAGCAUCUCACUGACAGAGAAUGCAAUAUUCAAAAAGGCUCGCAGACCAAAAUGUUUUGGAAAAGAAUAGUUAACCGAAUUUGCUGGUCCAUUCAGGUCAGAUAAAUGGAAUAUUUACUGUAUUUUGCUUUAAUUGUGCUGGAAAAGUUUUGUGUUCAAUAUUUAUGCUUGUUUGUUGAUGUUUGUGCUUAAAAUCUUGAUUGUACAAUUGUACUGUCCUUGAUGAUAUCUGUAGUUAAACUGUUCAUGUCAUCCACUGAAAUGUUGUCACAGGGUUUUUAGUUCCUUACUCGGGCACGAGAUGGAACUGCUAAUAUUUGACAGAAAUGUUCUGUUAGUACUGUGACUGUCUUUUGAGCAUGCCCAUAACCUUGGGCUGGUGUGGAAGUUUAGGGAAAUUGAUUUGUAAAGUUUCACUGAAUUUGCUCUCUUGUCCGUCCACUUCCAAUUCAUUUGUGAUGUGCUCUGGCAAAAAUAGGCACUUGGAAGUCGAAGACAGGUACUGAAGUACUGGCUUGGGCCAAUAUUUGCUCAAAUUUGCCUUCAAAAGAUACAAAUGUGCGUGUGUGGGUCAAUUUGACCAAUGUGGUAUAACUUCAGACAUAUCUAUGAUUCUGGGUCAUGUAGAAAGCAAAAUGAAAUGUACGUAUGAAUGUUCAUGAACGUGUAAAUCAAAUUUUGGUUUGAUAUACAUAAAAAAGUUUGAUAUUCAAAGGCCCUGUUGUUGGGCUAAAAUGCAUUUGUAAAUUUGGCCUAUGCAAUCGUGUGCAGAAACCUGGCCAUAAUACUCUGUAAACUGCUUGUAAAUAUUUAUUGAAAGAGGGGAAAGAAAAUUAUAUUGAUUGAUCUCA